AUGAUGCCACUUUCCAUCUCUACUACUUUCACCGAACACCUCCAUUAUUUUGAAUUCAUGACCAGGAUCCGACUGCUGGGUCUGCAUCUGAUACAGAUAUGGACGGUGAUUGCAUGGCAGCCACAAUUUUUUCUGGGGAGGCCAAUGUUCGGAAUGAGAAAUGGACAUGAACAUCUGCAAAGGCUGCUGCUACAAAGGCAAAAUGGGAAGGCAAAGGCUAAAGAGGAGUUCAGUUCAGUGAGGGGGAUCGGUCCUAGCCAAGCAUAUUUUAAUCAAAAACUCGACCACUUUAACAACAAUUCGGAUGUUACGUGGAGUCAGCGUUAUUUUUACAACUUCCAAUUCCAAGCAUCCGGAUCAAAUGUGGCAUUCUUAAUGAUUGGAGGCGAAGGUCCUGAAAGUAUUGGAUGGGUUUCAAACGAGAACUACCCAUUUGUGAAGUGGUCAAAACAGUUCGGAGCGGCGGUGUUUUUACUGGAGCAUCGUUUUUACGGCGAAAGCCACCCAACUCCUAACCAAUCCGUGGAGAAUCUUGUAUAUCUAAGCAGUCGCCAAGCAAUUGAAGAUGUUGCAAACUUCAUAAGGAGUAUGAACGUAAAAUACGAAUUCAAGAAUCCGUUGUGGAUCACAUUUGGAGGAUCUUAUUCAGGUGCUCUCUCACUCUGGGCACGUCAAGCCCACCCUGAGCUCAUAGUCGGCGCCGUCGGCAGUUCGGCGCCUCUGAAUGUUGAGCUGGACUUCUGGGGUUACUUACAAGUGGUUGAAGAUGCGCUACGUUCUUACAGUUGCAGCUGCGCAGAGAAUAUAAGGCAAGGAUUCGAAACUAUGGAAAACCUCAUGCAAACUCAAUAUGGCCGCCAGAAGCUCUCAGAUGUCUUUGUACUGGAUCCUCCUUUUUCGGAUCUUCCUCUGACAUACAACGACAAGCAAAACUUCUUUUUGACGAUCUUCGACAGUUUUCAAGGGGCAGUGCAAUAUAGCGGAGAUAAUAUGGGACCAUACGCACAGGGUUAUGGUAUCCCUGAUGUUUGCAAAAUCAUGGACAAUAAAAACAAUGAUCCACUGAAGAACAUCCAGCUGGUGAAUGAAUACAUGACUGGUAUGUACGAACCUUUUCAAAGAACACCGAACAGCUAUAAUGACAUGAUAGAAUAUCUCAGAAGAGAAGAGUUCGGCGACAGUCUUGAUUUUGACUCCAGCGCUCGAAGUUGGGCAUGGCAGACAUGUACAGAAUUCGGCUAUUUCCAAACGACCGAUGGAGGACCAAAAGGAAUCUUCGGCUCGAGUACUCCAUUAACUUUGUACCUAAACAUGUGCAGCGACGUAUUUGGGACGCCCUUCUCCAGCGACUCGAUAUCGUCUGCUGUGCAUUCCACCCAGUUGCACUACGGAGGCUCAAGCAGAUACAAGGGUACAAAUGUCGUAAUUCCUAACGGAUCUAUUGAUCCAUGGCAUGCACUGGGAAAGUAUACCUCCACUGACGGAUCCGUAGUAUGGUACUUAAUUAAUGGAACCGCCCAUUGUGCGGAUAUGUAUCCGGCUUCUGUCAGUGAUAAGCCUGGACUUACCAAAAUGCGCAGUAUCAUCGAGCGGAAUCUUGGUUUAUGGUUAAGCAAAUCCCCGAAUCCUUACAAAAACGUUGUUACGGCAGAAGCGUGGACGAAGCCACAAGAACAAACUCCAUUGAAAGGCAUAGAACGUGAAGUAGCUCCCAAACAUCCCAUUGAACUUUCCAAAAUGAAAUUUCCAAAAUGGAUUCGGAAUAAGAAAAUGCACCUUGGAAGACCUCCUCACGGAUUUCUGCCUCCUCCUGAAAAGGUGGUUGCCGACCCUCCUCUUGGCUAUGAAACUGGAUAUUUUUUGCAGACCGUGGAUCACUUUGACAAUCAGAAUCCCAACACUUUCCUUCAGCGAUACUACAAAAACACUCAAUGGGCUAGACCGGAUGGUCCGAAUUUCUUGAUGAUUGGAGGAGAAGGACCGCUAACGUCAAGAUGGGUUCUCAAUGGUAACAUCACUUACCUUUCAUGGGCGCAAAAGUUCGGUGCUACUGUCUACGCUCUCGAGCACAGAUACUACGGCAAUAGCAUAGUAGGAGGGACAGCGCAAAAUCCGAAUCCUGACCUCACGUAUCUAUCCUCCGUGCAAAUGCUUCACGACGUGGCAAACUUUAUUCGAACAAUCAACUACAAUACGAACAACACAGCGCCUUGGAUAACUUUUGGAGGAUCCUAUGCAGGAUGUUUGUCACUAUGGAUGCGAGAGCUUUUCCCCAAUUUGAUACUUGGAGCGGUCGGUUCAUCAGCUCCCCUUCAGGCUAAACUAGAUUUCUACGAAUACUUGGAAGUAGUGGAAACAGCUAUCAAGAGCUACAGUCCAAGUUGCGCUGCAAACAUAGCGGAAGGAUUCGCCGAAAUGCAUAAUCUCUCUCUUCAUAGAGCUGGACGGGAGCAAUUGUCGGAUUUAUUCACGUUGACACCCGCGUGGACCAACGCAACAAACAUCACUGAAUUGGAUUUACAGUUUUUCUUUUCGAACGUCUAUAGCCAAUUCCAAGGCGCAGUUCAAUACAGCGGUGACAACACUGGGGGGUAUGCUUCUGGCCACGGCAUUCCUGACAUGUGCAGGUACAUGAACAACAAUGGCAACUCUGCUAUCCAGAACAUCGCUGAGUUCAACGAGUAUAUGACAAUUUUCUACUCGGGUGAGAAUGUGUUCGAAGGAACCGAAAACAGCUAUUCUGACUACAUUACCGAACUUAAAGAUGCACAACGCUAUGGGCCAUUUUCUGGAGCAGCAUUACUAUGGACAUGGCAGACGUGCACCGAAUUCGGUUACUUCCAGUCAUCAGACUCUGGUUACGGGAUUUUCGGAAGUCCAACGCCAGUAAAUUUGUUCACUCGUGUGUGUGCGGAUACAUUUGGUGAACAAUACACAGCAGUCAUGGUGCAGAAGAACAUCGACAGAAUUAAUGAACUGUACGGCGGAAAAGACUACUACAAGGGAACAAAUGUUGUGAUUCCGAACGGCUCAAUUGAUCCGUGGCAUGCACUUGGCAAGUAUUCAUCAGACGAUCCUUCCGUCAUCUGGUAUCUAAUAAAUGGGACCGCCCACUGUGCCGAUAUGUAUCCUUCUCGUCCGCAGGACUUACCAGACUUGAUAGAAGCGCGUAAAAUCACAGAAGACAAUAUCGCAAAUUGGUUGAAACAAGCUUCGACUAGGACAUGGACCAUUUCCACCAGUACAGUCGUUACAGCAUCGUCAACGCUUACUUCGUUUGCAGAAUCAACCACCUUACCCAUGACACCAGCAGAUUCAACAUCACCAACUACCAUUUCAAAACAUUCCCCUACUCUCAUAGGUCUCACUUUUGCGGCACAAUUCUCCACGGUAUUCAUGUUGGGGUUUUUGUAA